AUGGCUUCUGGUGAUCCUGUUACCCCCUUUGCUGCCCUUCCACCUCCGCAACAGAGAGCGGAAGACCAUGGACCACUGGAGGGGGACCAGGUUAAAACUUCUCAGGUGGCCCCUGGGCCAGGCCCUUUGCCUUCGAAGGAGCCACUCUCCCGAACUCUCUGCACGAAGCGGACGGAGGCCCAAAGCAGGGGAGAGUGUUGCCCGCAGCUUGUGACUGCUGUGAGGGGCAGCCCGCAAGAUAAGGGGGACCCUCUGGCUCAUUCGGCAGGGAAAGCAAAUGAAGGCAAACGCCCAAGGAGGGGGGGUCGCAGGCUCAAGCAGCGGCUUCUGGUGGGACACUGUUUCACACUUGCUGUCCAAGGAGGGUUUGCGGAAGAGGGAAACGGCCUUGGCCUGCUGCCCGUGUGGCUGUGGCUAGUGAAGAAAGAGGCAAGAGGAAAACUGGUUGGCAGGACGGACGAGAACGAGAGGUUUGACAAAGCCCCCACAGGAAGUUGUUGGAGGAAUCUGUCCAAGGCCCACUGCCCACAGCGGGCGCAUCAAAGGACUGCACGGGAUCCCAGGGAGGCUGUGGAAAAGGGUAAACUGGUGCCUGAAGGCAGUUUUGAGAUGGAGUGCUUCUCCGCCUGCCCGCCCCGCGGGGGUCUCGGGGGACGUGGGCCCUGGUUGCAGGAGGGGGCGGGAGUGGCGAGCGGGCCGGGGGGCCGUCUUGGGAGCGCGUCUGUGCGCGGCUGCGGACGGAGGGCGGGCGGGGAAGGCGGGAGGGCGGGGCUCGGCGGCGGCGGCGGCGGCGGCGGGCGGGCGGGCGGGCGGGAGGCAGCAAGGAUGGGGCGCCCGCCGGCCCUGCUGGCCCUCUUGGCGCUGCUGGCCGCGGCCUCGGAGCAGCAUCCAAGACCCUUCAAUGCCACCAGCCACGUCCCAGAGGCCGCCUGGAAGGGGGGCAGCAGCCAACAGCAGCAGCAGGCGACCGGGAGCAGAGAGGCCGCUGGUGGGGAGGAGCAUCCAGCCCCCCAGAGGAAUGUUCCUGGGGCAAAGGAAUCCCACCGCCCCCCACCUGCUGCCCUCCCAGGGGGCGGAGAGGUUGCUGCUGCUGGUGACCCAGCUGGCGGCAGCCCCCCUGGGACGGGCAUCUCGGUGAGGUACUUUUCUGGUGAGAGCGGCCCUGAGACAAAUCAGACGGAGGUGACCCUUUGCUUGGGCUGCCCGGGCGGGAGGGGUCAGCCGCAGGACCCUCUGCUGGGUGACCUCCGGGGGCCGAUGGAAGCGCUCUCCAGCAUAACCAGUUUCGCCCUGCCAGUCCAGGAACAAGAUGGCGCCCAGAAGUUGUCUGAGAGGAGAGAAUUGCCAGGGGGGGCGUCUCCCCUCCCUGGAAGCCAAGAAGAGGCGGGAAGUGGAGACCAGCAUGCCACGGCCCCCCCAAGUGAGGGAACAGUGCCCAAGGGGCCUGAAUGGACCGCUGCCCCCACCGCCCUGCAGUUUGCCACAGAGACGAGUUCGCCCGCAGGCCAAGACUUCAGUUACGAUGCAGACGAGAGAGAGAUUCUGCUCGACACCGGUGGGGGGGUGGCCGUGCUGCCCUCCCCCACUCUGAGCGGCCCUGUCCAGGCGGCAGAGGAGGGUGUCGCGGGGCAAGACUCGGCCCAAAAGGAGGAGCCUCUUGAGUUGUGGGUGGAUUCGGCGAGCAGCUCACCCGCGAAGGACGCUCAAGGCCACCUCGACCUGGCCUGGCUCAACACAGAAGCGCCCCGGUUGGCUGCCACGCCUCCCGUCCAGGAUGUCCAGACCCCGAAGCCGUCUCCGGACCCCUCCGCCUCAGAGAUCAUCGACACUGGGUACCUCCUGACCCCUCUUUGUCUUGCGGACAGCAGGUGGGAGACUGAUGCAGGUUGCACCAAGAGGAAACCUUCCGAUGACAAAGGGAUGUCGUGGUCUCUUCACGACCUCUACGACGACUUCACGCCCUUUGACGAGUCGGAUUUCUACCCCACCACUUCCUUCUACAUUGACGGGGAAGAGGAGGACCUGGACGAGCCCGAGGAUGACGAGGAAGAGGAAGACGGGGGAGGGGGGUUGGCUCGGGAUCUGGAGGAUGAGAAUGACUACCGGAUCCCCACCCCGGGGAUGCCGAAAAUCCAGACCGCGGUCCGGGAAGUGGAAUCCACCAGCCGGCGCUACGUUGUCCCGCCGCUGCAGACUUUCGUGGCCCAUGGGGGUCUUGGUGCGGCCACUCCUAGGCCCCGGCCAGCCGAAAGCGGCAAGGACCAGAGCCUGUCUGGCGGUGGUGAGAAUGGCACCGACUGCCGGAGCGGCUACGUCCGGCACAACAACUCCUGCAAAUCGGUGUGCGACAUCUUCCCCAGCUACUGCCACAACGGGGGACAGUGCUACAUGGUGGAGAAUUUAGGCGCCUUCUGCCGGUGCAACACCCAGGAUUACAUCUGGCACAAGGGCACCCGAUGCGAGUCCAUCAUCACCGACUUCCAGGUGAUGUGCGUGGCCGUGGGCUCGGCGGCCCUGGUGGUGCUGCUGCUCUUCAUGAUGACCGUCUUCUUUGCCAAGAAGCUCUACCUGCUCAAAACCGAGAACACCAAACUGCGCAAGACCAAAUGCGAACUCCAUCAGGAGCCUCCCACAAUGACAACUUCUCCCUGUCCACAAUUGCCGAGGGCUCCCAUCCAAAUGAUGACCCCCACAAGCUUCAGGACCCCUUGAAAUCCUGCCUCAAGGAAGAGGAGUCCUUUAACAUUCAGAACUCGAUGUCAUUAAACCCGACCGAUAGGAGAAGGGGACCCAGGUGACCUGAUUCAGAUUGGUGUCUGCAGAGGCAAGCUGACAUGUAGUGGGAGGGAGGGAGGGAGGGGGGGCUGCAGAGCUUGAACGAGGGGGGUGGGGAGGGGAAGCACGAGAGCCAUUUCCUAUUGUACAAAUCUCAUUUCUUGUAACUGUUUGUUCUGUUUUCUUCUUUGACUUCAUAGCAUGCUUUGAUGUAUUUUGUACAGAAAAGGGAAAAAAAGGAAUAAUACAUGAGAAGAUAAUUCCAAGUGUUUCCUCGAUGAAUUGUGGGUUGUUUGGUAUAUCCCUGUCUGUAUAUUGCCCGGGUUAGCUCCUCCUUCCUUCCCUCCCUCCCUCCCUCCCUCCAGGGGCAGAGGGGCCUUUUAACUUCCCAGGGAAGUUCCUGGAAAACUCCUUCCUGGGAGGGCUGAUGACAAUGACAGCUAGGAUCAAGGUGAGCCCCUCUGGCACCGUACACUGCUGUCGGGGCCACUUGGCUUAGCCUGGGCUGGCAAUAGCAGUCAUGGAUGGGGUUUAAGCCCCCCCUGUGCUUCUGGGCCCCCAGCCAGUGGGCCACAGGAGAUGGGGCCGGGUGGGUGAAAAUCUUGGUCAUGAGCUGAUCGGGCAUCCUGCUCAGAGCCAAGAACCCUCUGCCCCUCCUGCCAGCACCUCAGGGGCCACGGAGCUCAUCUCGCUUCCUGGGGUGCUUGACAGCCCCAAUCCACCCCUGCCUCCUCCUCCUCCUCCUCCCUUCUGUCCCUCUCUUACCCCCUCCCACGCUGUGAUUUCUAACCCUUUGCUGUGACUCGGCUCACUUUCUUUUGGUACUUUUCCCCAGCCUUUUUUGAGAAACGAGUUUAAAAAUGUGAAAAAAAUUAAAGAUCUUGAAAUAAAAAAACACACAUUUUUUUAAAGAGUUAAA